AUGAAGAAGAGGACCAGAAGGGAGGGGAAGGGCCCGUCCCCACAGAAGCGCCCCGCCAGGAGCACCUGCAGGCCAGACAAUGGUUUUGCCUUCAGGUGCCGGAGAGUUUGCAGGAGCAGCACUGCAGAGUGUGGCAAAGACUUGGGUUUAACCAGGGUGGGGUUUUACCAGGUUAGAGAUGUUGCUGUGGUCCGCAAGCCCCAGGCUCGCACUGGUACCCGUCUGUGGCCUGUUAGGAAGCAGUUCAGACAUCAGGAGCGAGAGCUGGCUAGUGAAGGGCCAUAUGAAACCGUAUUUGUGUUUGCCAGGUUCCCUGACACAGCUAAGAAGCCGAGAGGCAAAAUGUCAUCAUUUGCAUUCUUUGUGCAAACUUGUCGGGAGGAGCACAAGAAGCACCCAGAUGCUUCAGUCAACUUCUCAGAGUUUUCUAAGAAGUGCUUAGAGAGGUGUAAGACCAUGUCUGCUAAAGAGAAGGGAAAAUUUGAAGAUACGGCAAAGGCGGACAAGGCCCAUUAUGAAAGAGAAAUGGAAACCUAUAUCCCUCCUAAGGGGGAAACAAAAAAGAAGUUCAAGGAUCCCAAUGCACCCAAGAGGCCUCCUUCGGCCUUUUUCUGGUUCUGUUCUGAGUAUCGCCCCAAAAUCAAAGGAGAACAUCCUGGCCUGUCCAUUGGUGAUGUUGCAGAGAAGCUGGGAGAGAUGUGGAGUAACACUGCUGAGGGUGACAAGCAGCCUGAGGAAAAGAAGGCUGCAAAGCUGAAGGAAAAAUACGAAAAGGAUAUCGCUGCAGACCGAGCUAAAGGAAAGCCUGAUGCAGCGAAAAAGGGAGUCGUCAAGGCUGAAAAAAGCAAGAAAAAGAAGGAAGAGAAGGAAGAUGAGGAAGAUGAAGAUGAGGAAGAGGAGGAGGAAGAUGAAGAAGAAGAUGAUGAUGAUGAAUAA